AUGGACGACGACUCAGCCAGCACCCUCGCCCGCGAUAAGGAGGCUCUCAAGACCCUCGCCGACGAGCUGCUCGAGCUGGAAGGCGACAGAGACCUCAAAAGAGUCAUCGUCGAGUCAUACGAGACCGCCCCCAACCGAGAAUCCUACUACUACGAGAGGAGGGACGCCGUGCGCGACCUCGAAGCCGUCAUCAACCAGAUCGAGGACAAGAAGCGUCAGAAGCGCCACCUGGAGCAGCGAAUUCAGGCAGCCAGGAGCGCCCAACGUCAAGCUACCAGAGACGCUGCCGCCGGCGAAGACGGCAACAUGUGGGAGGCACGGAACCGAUGGGGCACAGUCGUCCUGGCCUCGGCCUUUGCCUCAAGGCUCUUCAAGUGA